AUGAAAAAAUAUCUGCAUCCAGUACCCGAUUUAGAGGAAGAUCGUUUUGGAGUUGCUGUUAGCGAUCCCAUGGACGCGCCAGAAGGGUUGUCCCCGAUGACAUGUGGGGAACUUGCCAUUGUUCCAUCGCCCUCUGAGAUGCAAAUAGCAUCACGAUCGGAAAAUUACACGGCACGGCGAAGUCGGUCACCAUAUGGGCCAUUGUCUCUCUCUGGAGUCUGCCCCACAUGUCACCGUCCGCUGAGCGAGGGUGUUGCGGAGAGCUUUUCUUUGCCUUCCAAUGAACGUCGUUUUACCCCUCAGUAUUUCAGGACGCUGGUUCAGGCACACAAGCAGCAUCUUUCCAUCUGCGAAAGUCCCUCGUUGCAUCAGCGGCUAGAGGAAAAAGAAAAAACGGAGGCAUCACAGCAGAUACGGAUGUCAGCCGGGUUACGGAGAAAAAGAAAAGUCCAUCUUGGCAACGAGGAGGCGGAGGAAGAAGAAGAAGAAGAGGAAAAAGAAGAAGCGAGAGUGGCAGAUAGAUUUAAAGAGGCAAAUGACAAAUUGAUGGGAUCUCCGAAAGGGGAAGAUGUGACCGUUGGCAGUCCAGGUGAUAACAUUAACAAUGGUAAUACUACUACUACUAGUAGUAGUGGUAGUAGUAGUGGUUACUAUAAAUGUUACUUCAGAGAAAUUCAAAAACUUGGCAAUGGGACGUUUGGUGGUGUAUAUCUCUGUCAACACGUCAUGGAAGGUGUCGCGCUUGGGUACUUUGCGUUGAAAAAAAUUCCCGUUGGCGACAAUGCUGAAUAUCUACAAAAGGUAUUACGAGAAGUGCGCAUUCUUGAGGAGGUCAAACGGCAUCCAAACGUUGUAGAGUAUAAUCACAGUUGGGUGGAUAUUGCACAGAUAGCCGAUUUUGGUCCACCUGUGCGAUGCCUUUUUAUUCUUAUGGAGUAUGCGACACUGGGGUCACUGGACUCGUAUCUUGAACGUCAUGGCAUGGCGUUGCCAACUAUAGCCGUUUGGUAUUUUUUUCUUUCCGCUCUAGUAGGAAUUGUCCAUUUGCAUCAGAAAAAUAUUCUUCAUCGUGAUCUCAAACCGCAGAACCUCCUCCUGACAGGAGCGCCUGAGAAACCACCGCGGGUCCUCGUCAGUGACUUUGGAACUGCCACACUUCUCAAUGAAUUGUCGUAUGAGCGGACGGGUGGGACAGGGACCAUCGAAUACAUGGCACCUGAGCUCUUUGAGUGCACUCCAGAGAGCGGUGGGGCGUACAUCCACCCGCACACAAAAGCGACAGAUGUUUGGUCUUUGGGUAUGAUUCUGCACUACCUUGCCUGCAGUGGAACGUUGCCAGCCCGUUUGCCCAAUGGGGAAGUGGUACUAAAUGUGGAGGAAUGUGCUCCGUACGCACGACCGCCGGAGAUGAUAGAGCUUAUUCGUGUCAUGCUGCAUCGCAAUCCAAAGGAGCGUCCCACAUGUAAAGAGUUGUUGAAUUCUACAGUCGUGCAAACGAUUUUGCGUAGUUUUGAGAAGGCGAAGCUUUCCACGGAUAUUCUUCCGACAACUGCUGUCGCUGCUGCUGCUGCCGCAACUGCCUCUUGGCGUCAAAAAAAGAGGAAUCAGACUGGAGAGCCGAUGCAUUUGGAUUGUCGAGGUUGUGACCCACCCAAUCCGAGGUUACAAGAUGGGGGUGCUCCUAAUGAUAAUGAAGGGGAGGGGAUUUUGCAAUAUCCACAUUCACCAGUGGUGGAGGUGCCGCUGAUGUUGCAGUAUAAAACAAUGGAGUUGAAACGUAAUAUAUCCGCCGGUACCCGUGGGGGCAACAAAGGACGAAAACUGACAACGGUAGACCGAGCCGUGCAGACAGAUUACGUCAAAAUAGUGUAUGAAUAA